GUGUUCGCCCUUUCAUUAUUGCUACGCGAACGGAAUCAGUCACUAUGGCCUCAGCUUCAGGCAAAAAAGGUAAAAAAACGAAGAAGAACAACAAGCUGUCCUUGGGCGAGUUUUUGAGCGAUGGCAACGCUGGCGUUCUAAAUCAAGUGCAAGUGUCGGUCCCAGUGAAACUGAACGACUGGGGCGACGACGGAGAUGAUGAUGACGAUGAGCGUUCGGUACGAACUCAGGUCAUUGCUUUGCCAACGGCCCCACGUGCCACUCGAAUUAUGAACGAUGAUUCGGUCCCGCAACAUCCGCCCUACUCGAUUUACGUAUCGAACCUACCAUAUGACAUCAACGAUGAUGAUCUGUACGAAUUUUUCCCCGGCAUGGAGAUCAUUUCUAUGUCAUUGCCGCGAGAUGAUGGCGAUUCGCGCCGCCUUCGCGGUUUCGGUAACAUCGAGUUUGCAUCGCGCAAUGAUCUAAUCGACGUCUUAGCGAUGCCCGAGCCCAUCAUUCGUAACCGGCGUAUUCGCAUCGGGUUGUACAACGAGAACGAUACAAAGCGACGCAACAAUCGCUACGACAACUUCGGUGGCGGUGAAUCUGAUCGUGGGUCGGAUAAUUGGCGCGAACGUCCCGAAGGGAGUUUUGCGCCACGCUCGGAUGCCAUGGCUGGAGUACGACGAUUCAAUAGCAACUUCAAUCGAGAGCGAGAGGAUCGCCCAGACACUCGUGGCAACUGGCGGUCGGCUGAUAGGCCGUUGACAGCACCGUUGUCGCCGCACGCUACUCGACGCUAUGGAGACCGCGAUCGAGAUGCUGGUGGAUUUAUGCGACGCAACAUGGAUCGUAUUCCGCGUCGCGACGACGCUCCGAUGGAAAGACCGAAGUUGGUACUGCAACCGCGCACCCUUCCACUUCCCGAAAUGCCAAAACUGGCUCCGGAGCAAGAUUUGACAAAUGAUCGACGUACACCGUUUGAUGGCGAAGGUGGCGGUGGAGCCGAAGAAACAGUAGCUCCAAGGCCCAAAUCUACCCCGGUACCGGCAGCGAAGGUUUUCGGCGACGCGAAACCAGUCGAUACGGCGGCUCGCGAACGCGAAAUCGAGGAGCGCUUGCGUGAAAAGGAGCGAUUGGAGCGUGAGGAACGACAGAGAAAGCGGGCGGAGGCAUCGUCACUCGCAAGCGAAGAAGGACGCACAGAGCUGGACAAAGAAAAUGUUGGCGUCACGCAAAACAGCAGUAAGCACAAGGCAGAAGGAGACGCUCCUGCGCCGGAGGUGAUCAGCUGGCGAGUUCGGAACGACGACGAUAAAGGUCAGACUGGACGCGUACUUUCACCAACGCGAUAUUCGAACAAUUGCUUAAAGUAUAAUAGUAGACAUUUGGAUGAUCGUAAAAUAGACAAUCACCGAGACGAGCGGGACAAUCGCCCGAUCUUGCGAAACACUGGCGGACAAGACUAUCAGCGCAAAUCGAGUGACCGCGAUACAUCGGAGGAGGGAUUUGAUGGUGGUCGUUUCGACGAUGCAACGCUGGACAGUAGCGGUGUUGAUGAUGAAGAAUGCAAAAACAUUAUUAAAAACGAUCGCCAAGACAUCAGCACUGAAAAGUCUUUUGAGGAAGAUGAACAGCGCGACCCGGAAGUGUUGGAAGAACGUAUGUCUGAAUUCCAGGAGCCUUCCGGAUCGAAUUUAUCCGUAGCAAACACCACGUUCCCAGGGCUAUCCGCUGAUGACGAAAUUGAUGACUGAAACAAUACCAAAACCACCACCAACACUGCUCAGUUGAAUUUUCUACAAAAUUCGCUGUAUGUUAUAGAUUUUCAGAUUCGUGGUUUUGGGGAACCGAUAUCGCAUCAUCCCUGUCUUUUUGUUCUGAAUCCCCGGCCUCCAUCUUUGAACAUCCAGUACAUUUACGUUUUACAUCAUGCAGGCUUUACCAUAAAAGAAGCCAGGCGUUUAGACACAUGGGGAAAAACAUAAACAACAUUUUAGGCCGCCGAUUCUCUAUCCAGUAAACAGUUCAAUAACAACAAUUACUUCUACCUUUUUAAGUCGUUCUGCAAUGGUAACUUUUCUGCUUUAUAAGAAAUGAAUAUGAUUAUAAUAAACGAGUCAUUUCCCCUUCGCUAGAGUACGGAGAGGGU